ACAGAGUAGUCUUUUCUGUAGAAGAGGUAUAAAACAAAACCUCUACUCUCUUAAAGAAGGUUCAGAUACACUCGUCUAAUACGCCACACUAAAAUAGUUUGUCCAUAUAUAGUCAAACUUUCAGAUCUCUUUGACUUAUUUUGCUAAUUUGUCAUUUAAAAAAUUUUUCAUCUUGUAUAAGGGUGAACGUAGGAAAACGUCGAUAACUUUUGAAGGAAUGAGAUUGGGGAAAAUCCCCUUUAGGGUUUUUACUAUCUCAAUAUACUCAACUAAAUGAGAUAUGAAUAAAUGAAAACGGGAGGUAUCACCUCAGAUGGUUCUCUUGUUAGUGCUUUACUGCCAUAUUUUUAAUAAGUACAGACCAUAUGUACUUAUGUACUUGAAGCUACAAACUGCAAAAUUUAUUCAUGUUUUAACUUAGAUCAAACUCGAAUUUCAAUUAAUAUCGAAGAUGUCGUUGAAAGAUACCGAAGAUCAGUUAGACAAAUGGUUGCAAAAGACAGCUGGAAGAGAUGUAUGGGCAAGUAAAGGAUGAAACUAUGAGUUAUCUGUUCAACGUGUUCUCUCCUCGCUUUCUAAUGUAUCAUGCGCUGUCGUUUUAGGCGUAUGAAGAGCUUUUGGACCCGGUAGAUUAGGAGGAAGAUAUAAAAAUGUUCUGAAAUCGGAAAAGAUAAGAAACUGUAGAAAAACCUCUGUUCCAGCUUCUCCCUUGCUCAUCCAUUUCUGUCUUGCUAUAACGUUUAUUUGGAAGAGCAAAGCAGCAGAGAAUCUGCAAGCGUCUCUUAUCGACAGAGUUAUCCUAGAUUUUUUUCAUUCAAGAGCACUACUUCUUGUCCGUAUAUGACUUUUUAUUUCUUACAAUUCUUUAGUUAUUUAUUAUUCGCAUCUGUUUUUGCUAUAUUUUUAUUAUCUAUUUCAAUCUUAAACGACCAAAUUGAAGAUAGAAUCAAAUAACUAUUUUUAUAUUUUUUUCUUCAUAAGAUGCAGGGUGCUUUGUGGAUUUUCUUUUUAAUUUUUAGUUAAACAAUGGUAUUGAUGACGGCGAAACAAUGGUGCAAAAAAUACUGGCUUCGCUCGAUCAAGGAAAUGUUUCCCCGUUAUUGUACAAAUUUACGUAUCGAAACGAAAUUUAUUGGUAUAUUACAUUUUCAAACAAAAUUUUGCUCGAUUUCAGUGUCGAUGAUAACAAAACGUCGUCUGGCUUUAUGUUAACUACAUUAGUAGCAUUAUUCUACACGUUUGUUGUACAAUAUCCAAAGAUAUACAAGGCGCUAUUUGAAAUAUUAGAACAUUUUGUGUUUAAUAACACAAGAAAACCAUCUACAGUUGGCGCACAAAAUGUUAUUGUUGAAUUUAAUAAAAAAAUAAAAGCUGUUUAA